AUGGCAUCAAAAAUAACAUCCUUCUUCCUCAUUGCUCUCGUUAUCGUUAGUGCAAUGAUGGUGACUAUGCCGACGACAGCAGAAGCUCAAAUCUUUCUUCCUUGUAGAACAACGGUAGAUUGUGAAUACUGUUGUUUUUACAAAUACCUUCACUGCUCAAGCGGGACAGCUCUAUGUGUAAAUAGAUAAUGCCAAUGUACGACUCAUCAAACAAAACUCGACAACUUAAAGAAGAUGGACCAUGCAAAGAAGUGCAAGUUAACUAAAGAUUGUGAUCCUCGUAUAAGAUCUACAUGUGUCUCCGGUUCUUAUAUGUGUUUCGAUGGCCUAUUGAAACGAUCCGACCCAAUCUAA